AUGGCAAAACCUAUACCAAAAGUUGGUUCACGUAGGAAUGGGCGCAGUAGUGCACGGAAAAGUGCACGUAGAAUACCAAAAGGAGUUAUUCAUGUUCAAGCAAGUUUCAACAAUACCAUUGUUACUGUUACAGAUGUACGGGGUCGGGUAAUCUCUUGGUCCUCCGCCGGCACUUGUGGAUUCAAGGGUACAAGAAGGGGGACCCCUUUUGCUGCUCAAACCGCAGCGGGAAAUGCUAUUCGAGCAGUAGUAGACCAAGGUAUGCAACGAGCGGAAGUUAUGAUAAAGGGUCCUGGUCUCGGAAGAGAUGCAGCAUUACGAGCUAUUCGUAGAAGUGGUAUACUAUUAAGUUUCGUACGGGAUGUAACCCCUAUGCCACAUAAUGGCUGUAGACCUCCUAAAAAAAGACGUGUGUAG